UUCGCUGUUUUGCAUACAUGAUCAUAGCAUCGGUGUUUUCCUCCAAAAUAUAUCCUCAUCUAGAGUUCGGCAUCAAUGUUAAACCACCUGAAACAACCAAGCAUUGUCUGUUGUGGCAGAAAUCUUUACUCACGGAAGGGUACUACCACGUUUUUUAGCUCCACAUCAUCACUAUAUUGCGUGAGAGGUCAGGUCAACUAUGAGUCAGAAUCAAAGCGGCCAUAAUACAAGUAGUAGCUUGUCUAGUGGAGGUACCCUGUCAAGCAUGGAAACGUUGCCAACCCAGGACGUUGUCGAUGGUGACUUUGAUUAUGAUGAAGCAGAAGAAGAAGAUGAAACCACGAAAAUCUGGGGCAGACUUUAUCCUUUGGGAAAGGGUUUCGAACCGCUCGACUUGUCCAAAGAUGAAUACCUGUUUGGAAGAGAUUCGUCCUGUGACUUUUCAUUUGACACCAAAGAUCUCCGCAAGAAUUCUCACUUUCAAGCUCUCAGUAAAAUACAUUUCAGGUUGUACAAGGAAGACGGUCAUGUUUUUAUUCAAGACAAAAGUUCUAAUGGUACAUUUAUAAAUGGAGACAAAAUAGGCAAAAAUAAAAAGCAGGCGCUUGCUAAUAAUGAUGAAAUAGCACUGGCUAUCAAAAAAAACAGGGCAUUUGUUUACAUGGAUAAUGAAGGAGAUCAGCAAAAUUUACCACAAGAUAUGAAACAGAAAUACACACUGUCAAAGUUACUAGGCAGGGGAGCUUGUGGAGAAGUCAGAUUAGCUUUUAAGAAGGGGACUACCAAAUGCGAGAAGUUUGCUGUAAAAAUAAUCCAGAAAAAAGUCUUUUCUAUUGGAGGCAGUGUCCGGAAAGAUAACAGUAACACAGUGAAAGAGGAAGUGAAUAUAUUGAAGGAGUUAGACCAUCCAUGUAUCAUUUCAAUUGAAGAUGUCUUUGAAACAGAUGAUGUGCUGUACAUUAUACUUGAACUGGUUGAGGGUGGUGAACUAUUUGACAGGGUAGUUAACUCAGGAAAAAUUGAUGAAUCAACCGCCAAAUUAAUGUUUUAUCAAAUGCUAGUGUCAACUAAGUACCUCCACGAUAGAAGAAUUACGCACAGGGAUCUCAAGCCAGAAAACGUGCUGCUUGCAUCAGAUGCCCACGAACCUUUAAUCAAAAUAACAGACUUUGGCUUAUCCAAGUUUGUUGGUGAGCAUUCAUUAAUGAAAACACUUUGUGGUACACCAACGUAUCUUGCACCGGAAGUGUUAACUACAGCUGGUAUGGGUGGAUAUGACAAAACUGUAGAUUGUUGGAGUCUUGGAGUUAUACUCUUUGUUAUGCUUGGUGGGUAUCCACCGUUCUCAGAUGAGAUAAAAGGAAUGAAACUACAUGACCAGGUUCUUAAUGGCCAUUACAGUUUCCCAGUGCAAUUCUGGAGGAAUGUGUCCCAUGAUGGAAUUGAUCUUAUCAAGAAACUAAUGACUGUAGAUCCAAAACAGAGGUUUACUACAACACAAGCACUUAACCAUAUCUGGUUGAAAGAUGAAAUUAUGAUUAAAAAAGCUCACAAGUUAAUGUACCCUGAAGCGGACCCCAAAACAAACCCCAAAAAUGAAUCAAUGAUGCCUCCUCCUGCUGCUCCGGUAUGUGUUGCAAAGAAGAGACAUCAUCCAUCAACGGACAGUACAGAUAGUGAAGACAGCGUAUCAAGUACUAAAAGACCAUCGAUGGAUGAUGACAAUGAAAAGACGCUUAAUAAUACGGUUUUUGUUUAGGUGUUGAUCUUUGCUGUCAAUAGCAUAAAUUUUUAUUCUAAACUAUUCUAACAAGUACACAUGGAUGCAGUGUCCCUAGGGGUGUACCGUUCUGACAAGUAUCUGGCAGAUGAGUUUGGAAGUGCAGAGUCUUUUUGGGGUGUACCGCUAGUAUGAGUAAUAUAUCUAUAUUAAAAAUUAUCUUCUAUUUGUCAUCCUUUGUAUGGCACCAAAAUAUUAUAAUUCAAACUCAAGUGCACCUUUUGAAAUGUCCAUUUUAAUAGGGUGCUUUCAGUAUUGUUUGAUGCCGGUUCUAGAGAACAAUUUCCAGUUUUUCUUGGUCAGUGCUGUAUAUUGGUCAGUCCUCUUUAAUGAAUGAAGAGAGCAUAGCCUGCUCCAUUGUUCAACCAUAGCAUUAAUUUGUUCCUGGUCAGUUGUCCUAAAUUUUGUUAUACUAUUACCAGGGUAUUUGCAUUACAACCUGUUGUCUUUUUGCAUUAAUGUUGGUUGUGUUUACACUUUUAGUAUUGCGUUCUCAGAAUUUUAUUUGAACAAAUUCAAAUUCUUCACUUGAUUAGUUAAAAUAUUUUUUUUAUAUCUAAUGUAGACUUUGGGGCUCUUAUUGUCAGAUUUGUCACAAACUCAAACACUGACAAAAGAAUUGAAACUUGAACAGUAUGAAUGUAUGGAAAGUCAGUCAAUUAUUGGCCAGUAGUUUUGUAUAAAGGAGGGGGGGGCUAUAUUUUGUACAUAUUAAUAUCCACUAACAGGGUUACUUGUGUGUUGGCUGCAGGUUUAUGGAGGACCAAUAUUUUUUAAGAACAAUUUUAGUGUUUAUUCUAUUUUUAUUUUUUUAAUUUUCUUUAUGUAAA